CACACACAGUCACACAGUAGCCUGCCGAUUUACACGUGUCCUUUAGAAAUUCUUGAUCGACAAGUCAGGCUUAAAAAUUAAAAAAAAAUAAGAAAAGGAAAAAAGAGAAAAGACAGCAGAGCAAGAGCAGGCAGACUCAGCAAGGGCACCGGCAUUUCACUUUAACAUUCCCUCCCAGCGUUUUGGGGGAUUGGCAGCGCUUUUUUCAUUUUCCGUAAUUUUGAUUCUCAACCAAAUCAUCCCAUCUCUCUACAGCGCCUCCUCUUCCUUUCUCUCUCUACAAAGUGAGAUUUCUAUCUGCUGUUGUUGUUCUCUUCGCAAAAUUCCUAUUGCAAAUUCAUUUUUCCGUUGCUUUCAAUUUACACGCACUCAAACAGUACGCGAUUGAAGUGCCUGGAGUCUGAAUUUUUCCCUUGUUUUUGGAAUUUUAGCUGCUUUCACUUUGUUUUCCAUCUUUUCUUUUUAAUUUUUCUUUUUUUUUUUGGCAGAUACUGUCGAGUUUGUACUCGGAAUUCGGAAACGGAAAUCAAUAUGCAGAGGAUCGCGUUGUUGGAAAGGUUUUCUCGGAACUUCAAUGGAGGUGGUGGUUCAGGCAUCCCCAAGGCACUGCUUGUUGUUUGCGCUGUGAGUGGCGGGGCAGGCUUUGUUGCCUAUUCUGAAGCAGUGUCAAACAACACACCGACUGUCGCUGAUUUGACUGAAACACAGAUUAAGAAAAAGAGGGUGGUGGUACUUGGAACUGGUUGGGCUGGAACGAGUUUCUUGAAGAAUCUGAAUGAUCCUUCAUAUGAUGUUCAGGUGAUAUCACCACGUAACUACUUUGCAUUCACCCCUCUGCUACCAAGUGUCACAAGUGGUACAGUGGAACCCCGGAGUAUUGCUGAACCUAUUCGUAACAUUAUCAGAAAGAAAAAAGUAGAGAUUCACUACAGUGAAGCAGAAUGUAUCAAGAUCGAUGCUCAGAACAAGAAAGUUUACUGUCUCUCUAAUGAUAAGACAAACUUGAAGGGCAGAGAAGAAUUUGCUGUUGACUUUGACUACCUUGUAAUUGCUGUUGGAGCUCGUCCAAACACAUUUAAUAUUCCUGGAGUGGAGGAAAAUACACUUUUCUUGAAGGUUAUUUAAAAUAGUCCUGGACAUCUUUGUUUCGUUUUCGUAUUUGCAAUGUAAAGGUCAUUGAUGAAGUAUAAUGAUUUGGUUUGUACUGACCUCUUGGACUCCUUUUCACUGAGUAAUAAUGUUCUUAUUACAUACUUCAUUUAUUACUGUUGGAUUUAUAAUUUUUCCCCUCUGUGGUUGUGAUGGAUGUGUAUUAAUUUCUUGUGGUAUUUUCUUGUUGCUAUCAGGUUUGAUUCUAAUGUUUCCAUCUGCUUGUUUGCCCUCACAGGAAGUGGAAGAUGCUCAGAAGAUCCGGAAGACUGUCAUUGAGUGUUUUGAAAAAGCUGAUCUGCCAAACCUGGAUGAUGAAGCAAGAAAGAAGCUUCUGCAUUUUGUUGUAGUUGGUGGUGGUCCAACAGGAGUAGAGUUUGCUGCUCAACUUCAUGACUUUUUAGCCGAAGAUUUAUCCAAGCUAUACCCCACUAUCAAAGAUUUUGUCAAGAUAACACUGCUUGAGGGGACAGAUCACAUCUUAAACAUGUUCGACAAAAGAAUCACAGCUUUUGCAGAAGACAAAUUUAAGAGAGAUGGUAUUAAUCUUAGAACUGGAUCAAUGGUUGUGAAUGUAUCUGACAAAGAUAUUUCUAUUAAAGACAUCAAAUCAGGAAGCAUUUCGUCCGAGCCAUAUGGCAUGAUUGUCUGGUCUACAGGGAUUGGGACUCGACCUGUCAUGAUUGACUUGAUGAAGCAAAUUGGUCAGGGCAACAGACGUGUAUUAGCUACUGAUGAGUGGCUGCGAGUUGAGGGCUCUGACACCAUAUAUGCACUAGGAGACUGCGCAACAAUUAAUCAGCGUAAAGUCAUGGAAGAUAUUGCUGAUAUAUUUAAGAAAGCCGACAAAGACAACUCUGGUACACUCACAGUCAAAGAAUUUCAAGAAGUUCUUAAGGAUAUCUGUGAGCGAUAUCCUCAGCUGGAGCUCUAUUUGAAGAAUAAACAGAUGCACAGUUUAGUUGAUCUGCUGAAAGCUUCAAAAGGGGAUAUAAAAGAAUCUGUUGAGGUGGACAUUGAAGAAUUCAAAUCGGCGCUCUCCCAAGUUGACAUGCUGAUGAAGAAUCUUCCAGCUACUGCACAGGUUGCAUCCCAGCAAGGUGUCUAUCUCGCAAAUUGUUUCAACCGCAUGGAGGAGUGUCAAAAGAAUCCAGAAGGUCCUCUUCGGAUUCGAGGAGAAGGACGUCAUCGCUUUCACCCCUUCAGGUAUAGGCAUCUAGGACAGUUUGCUCCCCUGGGUGGUGAACAGACAGCAGCCCAGCUUCCUGGAGAUUGGGUUUCAAUUGGUCACAGCACUCAGUGGCUCUGGUACUCUGUUUAUGCAAGGUAUGCUGUUCUCUAGCUAUGAUCUGUGGUACUAUAUAAUAUCUCCCAUCUAAGGAGAUGUUGAACAAAGGGCACACUAUUUAUUUAUUGCUGUAUAUUUGCAUGUUUAGCAAGCAAGUCAGUUGGCGUACUAGGGCAUUGGUGGUAUCAGAUUGGCUGAGGCGUUUCAUUUUCGGGAGGGACUCAAGCAGUCUUUGAGGGAUCCGAAGUUUCUUUUAGCGAUGAUGGUGGACUGUCAAGAUAUUAGACAAUCUUCUGCUGCUGUUAUAUAAAGGCUGCUUUGACAUUCUUUUUUCUGGUUAUUCGAGUCCAUUUUGUUGGAACAUGAGCGAAACAACUCCACAAUUUUGCAGCUAGUCUUGUCGUUAAAUCUAAGAGCUGGUUUCAUAACUUUGCGCUGACCAUUCUUCCUUUUCCCUGUUAAGAAAGUUGUAAACAAAACAAACAAGCAAAACACUCUGUUAUCUCUCUAUAUAUAUGGACAUCUGAAGAUACUGUUCUUCUGUCGUUUAAAGUUUAAAUUGAACUAGAUUUGGCUUAUUGUUUCAUUUUCAAUUUCAAUUGUGAUGGAAAUUUUUGUGUCUUCUGUCUUUUACUCCGCAC